CUCUGCAAACAAAAAAUGAAGCAGCCUGCCUGAGAAAAAGUGUUUCUGAGUGCUAUCCUUCUCUUGGAUUUGACCGCAUGUGAUUUGCCUUUCUGUUCAUUUGCACCAUGGCCACAAAUGAAAACAAUGCCAUUUUGGAAAUAUUAAAAACAUUCGAUAUUGAGGAGCUGAUCCUGGCUUUCUGCUUAUCAAUGCUUAUUGGUCUGCUGAUUGGAAUCCUAAUUUUCAUCCUCCUAACAUGGAUCUCCAGACACAGAGCUUCAGUGAGGAUUAGCACACGUCCCAAUCAAUCAUCUGGAGCUGCUGGAUUACGCAAUCUCCAGGGCCAGCUAGGCAUCUACAGGAGUAAUGACUUCAAUCUGAACAGUGACAGCACAAGCAGAGCUGGGUUAACCCUUCAGAGACAGACAUCUGUUGACCCUAAUGAACUGCUCGGACGCAGCCCCAGUUUUCAAGCAUCCACCUUUCGACCACCGCGGAAAAAGGGCAGUGAUGAAAAAGAAGAUGAGAAUCAAAGAGCUUUGCUUCAUGACACCACUGCAAUUGACUCUGUAACAGAUCCUUAUAAUAUGGCCCAAUCAGAAUCAUUCUGGUUAGGGAAAGGCAGUUUGAGAGGCUUCCUUCCUACACAGACUCCUCCACCUGCAUAUGACAGUGUUAUUCAUAUCUUUCAAGAAACUCACACCUGAUUUCAUAUGACUGUAUGUGCAUUGGUGUUAUUUUGUGCAUGCACAUUCAUGCUGGUGAUUACGGCUAUGUUCUAUGUUUCUGCAGGAUGAUGUUUAUGUUUCUGAAGCAUGAGGUUUUCCCCAAUCUUGCUGUGUAGCUCUUUAACCAUCGAUGUGCCAACUAAUGCAGGACUGAUCAUAAUUGUAUAUAUUCUGUUGCAUGCAAACCUAAUUCAGACAUUAUGUAAAUAUGAAAGAAUAAAAUCAUGCAACAAACAA